AUUACAAGAUGGCUUCCAAAAAGAACGCUGAAAUUACAGUUUCAGUUUUCUAAACUUUUCAUGUUUUAUUUGUAGUUUCUGAAGUGUUUGCGGCUUUUCCUUUCACCAAAAUGGUAGAUAAUGUGAACUUUAGUUCUGACGUUGUCGUUUUUGAAGACUUAAAUGCUUGCAACGCGAAAUUAUGUGAAGAAAUGAAGAAUUAUUCGUAUGAAAUAAUUGUUUUGGGACUUGACUGCGAAUGGGUGAGUCGGGAACGGCAAAGCGAAAGCCCAGUUAGCCCCGUUUCUUUGCUUCAAUUAGCUUUCCCAAACGGCACUUGCUUCUUAUUACGGUUGUGUAAAAUGGAAGCACGGCUGCCUGAUAAACUAAGGGAAAUUUUAGAAGAUAGAAAUAUCUUGAAAAGUGGAGUUGGAAUCAGUGAAGAUGCAAAAAAGUUGAACACUUGUUAUGGUUUGGUUAUGCAAGGCUGUGUCGAUUUAAGACAUGUGGCUUUAAGAUGUCAAGGAUAUGUUGAACAUUGCAUUUCUGAGGGUGGCUCCAGGUAAGUUGAACAAGCUCUCGUUGGUAGGGAUGCAACUACCUGAAAAAUGGGCCAUUCCAUUUAUUAACCGCACCCCCCCUAUUGAGGGUUUACAAAAAAUACCCCCUGGAUAUUGCUUUAGUAAUAGGGUAUGUGGAUUUCUCAUUUUAACAUUUCCCGUGGAUUUUCUAAACCUUUGUUAACCUAUUGAGGGUUAAACAUAAUUUCUCCCCCCCUGGAUUUUUGGAUUUUGUUAAAUUUGUUCAAUGGAUAUUUUGCAUAUGUUCUUUGAAAUAGAAUUGAUACACAAAUAAAUUCACUGAUAAAUUUACUGCCAUGAAUAAAUAAAUUUACUACCAUGGAUUUAUUUUGUUUAAAUUUUUUCCAUUUGGAUUUUUAUUUGGAUUUUUUUAUAUUUACCCAUGGAUAUAUCUUGAAAAAUUUCUUUCUCCUAAUGGAUUUUUGUUCUUUGGACCCCCUGGAUAUCCCAACCCUCAAUAGGGGGGGUGCGCAUAUUAAAUGGAAUGGCCCAAUGUAAAGAGAAUUUUGAGUGAAUGCCCUUUGUCCUAACUCCAGAUGAAUGGCCGUCGGGUAGUUGCAUCCCUACUGGUCAACAAAAGCUUGUUCAUAUGUUAUUGCCACUUACACUAGCACAGGCAGUUCAGUUCCAAUUUACAUGCACUCUCAAUCCAGUAUGUGGAAAUAUAAGGGGAGUGGAGGGGGGGGGGAAUGUUCAACAAUAAUGAACAUGUAUAUCUAUUAAGUUAUGUGAAUCUUUCAGAAAAUGAGUACUUGAUGAAAUGAAUAAAGAGUCUCGAGUUGUGCCAUUUGACGUACAUUAGAUACUUUUUCCAAGAUAAUUAAUUAAGCAUGUUGAUUAGCAUUGUUGUACAGUUAGAAUUAUCAAUUCUAAAGGGUUAAUUUUUUUAUCAGUAGAGCUCUAAGAAAUAUCCUACACAGAACAAAACAAAACAUAUUGUAUAAAAUGUGUAUGUUGCAGCAUCAUUGGCAUGCUUUGUACAGAAUCAUAUAUUGCUUGCUAUAGUAUCUUGCUAACUUAAGCUUUUAAAAGUUUUAAUUGAUAGUCAUUAUUUAAUAUGACAAUUACGGCAUAUGGGUAUGAUUGCAUGCUUGCCACUUGCUCCUAAACAACGCUUGUGAAUUGUGACUAGUUUGGUAGCAGACUUUUAUAGGUCUUUCAAAAUUAUUGGGGGAGGUGGCUGCUCCCCACAAUUAUGGAACCAUUUCAAAAUGUAGGACAAUGCCUACAACCACAUUCUAAGAUCUCAAUAUUGACAGGAUACGAAAGUUUGGUUUUGCAGACCAGACUGAAUAACUUGUAUCGCAACUGGAUACUACAUAAUUUCGAAGAUUAAGAUAAACUUACUGUACAUAUGUAAAAUUAAUAUAUGUUGAAUACUAUAAGUAUGCACUAUCUUUAAAAUAAAACCAGCUUUGCAAAUAAUUUCUCAAAACAUUUCUGUAUAGAGAAGGAAUGAGUUUGUCAGCUUUAUCACAGCAAGUACUUGGUGUUACAAUGGACAAAGAUUGGAAAAUUAGAUGCAGCAACUGGGAGGCUUCUCAGCUCUCUGAGCGUCAGAUACAAUAUGCGGCUAAUGAUGCCAUUGUGGCUGUUCAGAUAUUCUUUAAACUUGCCGCUUCAAAACUGAGAGAACGCGAAAGCCGAAUUAAAGCAGGGAAAACUAACAAGAGUGAAGAUGGUGUUCUGCAAACUGUUGAUGCUUGCUUAGAAAAAGGCUCUCAAUCAAGUGAUGUGACUUGUACUACUGUACGCCAGCCUGUACAGAGUAGUGAAAAUACAGACAUGAACAACUUUGAAAAGGUUGCUUGUGAGGAUAACCCUAAUGAGGCUACUAGUGUUGUUUCUUCAAGUAACAGCAACUUUGAGCCGAGUAAUAGAAACAGUGCCCAAAACGAAAUAUCAGCAAGUGACAGUCUUAUAUCGCAAAAUAUUACUGACAACAGCAAUAUGAACAAUUUGACUGGCUGUAGUGCAGAAGAGGGGAUACUUUCUAGUUUUGUAACAAAGAUUAAAACUUCAUUUGGUUCUGUACUUGGGAUGCAAGUGGAAUCCAAAGAAACACACAAAGAACCCAAUUCCAAACACAAGACCAAAAAUUACACUCAGUAUGAGAGUUUUAAAACUUUGGAAUUGAAUGAGAAUUUGUUUUCCUCCCCUGAGUUCUGGAGUUCUUUCAACCCCCUUUGUCAUGGAAUUGUUGAUGUUCCAUAUAAGAUAAAAGCGAAACACAAGGGGGGUGGGAAAGCACAGAGCAGCGAAAACGGGAAACAAGGUAUUUCCGCACAGGCAACCAAUAAGGUGUCAGGAUUGAAACCACGUCGAGCACCACUGUAUCAAAAUUGUGUGAUUGAAGCACCGGAUGGGGAAAUGUUGAGUACAUGCGAUAAAAGAAAGGCUGAGUGGUAUCUCUGUAGAAAGUUAGGUAAGUUGAUCUUUUCUAAAUUUGCCCUGGAAAAUUUAGAUAAAAAUCAGGCCGACAAAGUUUUGCCAAUCUAAAACUGAAACCAACAAGUCGUGAACUUAUAUCUUUAAUAAAAUGUCCAUGUACAGUCAAAGCUCUGAAACUCUAGAUAAUUGAAAUAACUCUAGAUAAUUUUGUCACAUAUUUUCCAUGAGUGCAAAAUUAUAUGCACAAGGUUGGGACGCCUGUCAAAUUUGAUUCCUUUUGGCAUAGGGAACCGUAUGCAAUUUAAAGGUGCCCUACAGUCCUUAUGUAAACAAAGCCUUUGUUUACAUUUUUGUGUCCAAAAUAUUGAGCUUUAUUCGACAACUAUUUAUAUUUUCAAGCUUCUAGAGUAUAAUAAAUGAUCCAGAAACAACAAUCAGGCCUUGCAAGAAUCCAAAACAUAGUUAAACUGUUUGUAUCAUAAAAAGUGGGCUCCUCUGUGCACAUGCGCAGAUCGGACUGUAGGGCACCUUUAAGCACUGCUGCAAGUGUGUACUGGCUAAUCCAGAUUCAUACUAGUUUGUACUUUUGUUCCUUUUAAAGAAUUGUACAAAUUAUGCCGGAAAUUUUACAGACAGUAAGCAUGUGCAACAUCUAGCUGGGAUGCAACUACCUGAAAAAUAUAAGGAGAAUUUCGACCCUUCGCUCGAAACAUCGAAAUUUUUCUCAUAUUUUUCAGGUUGUUGCAUACCUGCGAACGAAAGCGUGUUUAUAUUAUUGGCACUAUACCUACACUGGCACAGUGUUGAGGUUUUCGUACAUCUGGACCGAGUGACGAAGGGCCAUUCCAUUUAAUGUACACACCCCCCUAUGGACGAAAAUUUCUGAGGGGGGUUGAAAAAGCCAAUUCUGAGGGGUUGUGUGCAUCGGCAUCCUUUGAUCUUUGCGUUUUUUUUCUGAGGGGUAAAGCAAAAAUUUCUUAAUUUCUGGGGCUGCUUGUGUCCGCACUUUGAUCUUUUUUUCUUAGGGGUUCAAAUUUUAUUGACCUCAUCCAUAGGGGGUGUGUACAUUAAAUGAAAUGGCUCGAAUGAGCGAGGUCUGUGUGGAUAAACCAAAGGCAAAUACUUACCCAUACAGACCAAGGUUAAUAAACCGUUUAUUAUAUGGCUCCUUAAACACAUUUUCUGAUUUUCAUAUAUUUGUUUGAGCGCUGUAAAGGUAUUUUUGAGCUAUGUUUUAUUUGCUAGUUUUCUUCGUUUAAUAGUUUCGUCACCGAAUAUUGUUUGCGGAAAAGCAUGUUUAACAAUCGCUUUAGAACUAUUUUUUCGGUAACCACCACCUUCAGAAAAAUGCUUAUAAACCCAGUUUAUAUGAUAUUUGUUUAGAAUAUGGUAUUAAAGACGUUAAAUUCAUCUUUAUUUAUUUUUUGAAACAAGUAAACGAAUCAAGACAUUUUCCCGCCAAAACUUACGGUUGCCAGUAAGAGCUCAAACGGCUUGUUUUCUUAGCUUUUUCGAUGAAAUUUGUGUUGGUACAAGUACUUAUUAAUAUUUCCAAUACUUCUUAUUCUUAAAAAUGAUCCAAGGAUACUUUUUCUUCACACAACGUCCUUAUAAACGUGUAAAAACGUUUCAAAUUCGAGCCUGUCAUUACUGGAGCGUAGGAAGCUUCUAAUUUCUAAAUUCUAAAAGUUGGGGGGGGGGGCAGGCUUUGAGGGGCACUUUCCGAAUAAAAAAGGCAUCUAAAAUUUUUUCCCGGAAAAUUUGGCGACGGGGCGUGGGGUGGGGGAGGUCUUUAAAAUUUUUUUCCGGACACACCAAAAAAAUUUUCCGGAUAUAUCACAUUUUUUUCCUAAAUAUGAAAAAAAUUUUCCGGAUAUACCAAAAAAUUUUCCGGAUAUAUCAUAUUUUUCCCUGAAAUGAAAAAAAAUUGUCCGGAAAAUUGAACAUAAAUUCAGGUUUUCAAAAGUGCCCUUUCGGCAAAAAAAGGCAAUCCUUCAGACAUUUUUCACGCAAGAAAAAGGGCACUUGCCAAAACUUGGGAGGGGGGCUGGCCCCCCUGCCCCCCCGGUUCCUAUGCCCCUGCCUGUCAAAUUGACAUACGGGAAACCUAGAGCGGGAAACCGGUCCGGAUACGGAUUUUACACACCGCACGUCGACCAAUCAGAAUCCAGGAUUCUGCAAAGCCAUAUAAUAAGAUCUUUAUAUAACCUUUCUUUCUUGGCCUUAAGUUGAUGAUAUGACAUUGUCAACUCGCUGCCGUGGAUUGGAGAAACUGAAUGCGUCUUUAAUGUCUGAGUAUUAAAUGUUUCACUGCUUGUUUGGAAAUGCUACUGUCCUCUGUGACUGUGCUAUCCAUGCAAGUCACUCAUUGUUUUGAUAUAUUUAUGCAAAAGUCUAUUGCACGUUAAUACAUCCGAUAUACCAAAUUAUGUAAAUAAUUAUGUAAUUUAAUAUUCAUGAUUUGAAGUUAUUUUCAUGUGGACUAACGUGGCAAUCGGAAUAUUGUCUUUGAUGUACAGUAGAACUGCUAUUGAAUAACAAUGUGAGAUAUUCAAUCAAAGCUCUCGUUUGGGUCUAUUAAAUCAAUUAAAUACGACUGAACGGUUGAUUGUGGCUCAGUUUAUACUCUAGCCUACUGAUAGAAUGGUGUAAUUAAAGAACGUUUUUGAACUGCCAUGGCCUCGAAAAUGGCAGUAUAUGAUACUGGUUAUGAAGAUGAACUAUUCGAACAGAUUGUCAGCCAAACCUUGCACUGUAUUAUUUGCACCAAUGUAAUCAAAGAUCCAGUGAUGUGUCAGCAAAAUGAACAUCUAUUCUGUAGAGCUUGUAUCACCAGACAUCUCAUGAACUUUCAAACAUGCCCUACAUGCAUGGAACCACUCACUGUCGAGACACUUAGCAAAGCAUCGCGAACCGUGACGAACUUGCUCUCAGAACUGAAGAUUCGUUGUGAGUUUUCUGAUCGCGGCUGUGAAGAGUAUAUUGAGUUAGGAUCUCUCGAGAGACAUUUGAAAGAAUGUGGGUAUGCCCCAGCAGUAUGCUCUAAUGAAGGAUGCCGACUCGAGGUGAAUAAACGAGAUUUAUUUCACCAUGAAACAGUUGUUUGUGAAUUACGCGAGGUCAAAUGUGAUAAUUGCAAACACCUUAGACAAGAGAUGGAUACAGUGAAAGUUAGUUUGGCAGAAAUAAAGGAAAAGUUAGAAGGAAAUGAUGCAAAGUUUGAACAUGUAAAAGCAACUGUGGAAAAUGUGGUUACAAAAGUUGAACUGGUUCAAGCACAGCUUAACAACCAGGAAGUUAAUAACCGUCUUGUUCAAGAGGAUAUGAAUAAGUCUUUGAAUAAGAUUACAAAACACCUCGAAAGAAUGGCACAGCAAACAGAAGUUCGCGCUGAACAGAAAGAAAUUAAUAAGAAAGGAACUGCAGGAGCUGAACGGAUGGACAGAGAGCCAAAGAUAGUUAUCUUUGGUAUUAAACAGUGUAGAGUAAAAAAUUCUGUUGAAAUGUUCUGCAGUUCCAAUGGAAUAUGGACACUAUUACAACCAAUGAGAGCAUGGCGCUAUGGUUGUUCUGCAGUUGUUUACAACAAUCAGUUUAUUGUCAUGGGAGGUUGGGCGAAGUCCAUGGAAAAAUUAUCAUUGAAUGUUGUUCAAGGUGACCAGUCCAUAACUUGGGAAAACUUUCCUGCUGAGUUACCUGUUGCAUUAGCGUGGCACAGCAGCGUAGUGUAUAAUGGACGGUUGAUAGUGAUUGGAGGCUAUGACACAGAUAAAGAUGAAUGUUCUGAUAGAAUUACUGAGAUUUCCCUUGUUCCACCGUAUACUAGUAAACUGUUGGCUACCAUACCACGGAGAAGAAGUGACCAUGGUGUUGUUUUGUUUGGUGAUAAGAUUGUGAUUGUUGGAGGACUACAAAACGAUGAUUGUGCCACAAUGCUUAGAGAGGUUCUUAUGUAUGACAUCACGAAGAACGAAUGUCAGAAGUUAGAACCCCUUCCCUAUCCCGUGUGUGAAAUGGCCAUGGUCAAGUGGGGAGAUGAUAACAUCAUCAUAAUUGGAGGUGCUGACAUUGAAUAUGAAGCAAUGAGCAAAGUUUUACUAUACAACAUUAAGACCCAGAAGAGCCACAUGUUACCUGACAUGAAGUUUAUGAGGCAAGGUUGUGUGGCUGCAGUUGUCAGGGACACUGUGAUUGUCAUGGGAGGUAAAGAUUUAAGUGGAGAUCCCUUAAAGUCAGUGGAAAGUUUUAGAUUCGAUCGUUUCACAUGGGAAGAACUUCCAGAUAUGAACGAAGCGAAAUGGGGAGCCACUGUAGUUGUGUGUUAAUUACAUUUACUGUAAAAUCUGGCUUAAAUCGCCCAAAACCGUGUCAUGUUUUCAUGUCAAAACAUUGGGAAAUUGCGAUUUGUCGGCCGAAAAUUGUGCUAAAUGACAUUUUACAUUUUAGCUGUAAUAGGCGUAGGAAUGUACUCGCAUUCAUGAAUGUGGGGAAGCAUCCGCAGUUUUAGUAAUAGCUGUUACACCAGGACACUGGGCAACUUUAAAUUUGUACUAUAAUUUAUAAUCUACAUGUACUGUAUUGUUACAUAUUAAGAAUUUGUAUAUCUUUUAUAAAACCAUAUCAUUUAUAUAUACAGGCUUAACUGCACACACACACAGUUUUUAACUUUUUAACCCUUAAAAGGUUUAUAGUUUUAUCUCAUGGAGAGCGAAAGAUCAGAAAUUAUCACCUGAAUGGCUAGCUACUGCAAUUGUGUGCAUAUUAUUGUCGUGGAAUGUAACCAUGAUUUUUAUGGUCAGUUUUAAAUUUGCUUAAUUGUAGCAUGUUUAAAAGGAACAAAAGUACACAUUCACACUUUGAUUUAGCUUCCGGCUCCGCAGACAACUCGGCGAAAUACGCAAAACAGAGAAAUAAUAGGGGUAACAAGGUAAUAAUUGUAUUACUGCCACCCCACUACCUCUCGGUCUGUUCAAUAUUUUUUCCACCCAGUUGCCUGGGAGUCCACAAUAUUGCGUUGAAGUCAACAAUCGUCAUGUCCAGGGACCAGGGAAACUAGUUUGUUGCCUGAAAUGAAAUUCCCAAACGGUUAAAGCAGGUGAAUAAGAUGUGGUUGCAAAAUAAGAGUGAAAUGAUGAAUCAUCUUAUUUUGAAGAUUGGUUUUGAAGUCUUCCAAAAGUUCAUCUCAGAAGGUUCAUUUCCAGAGCCUCGUCAUAGAUUGUGUCUUUGUUGUAGCUGCGUGCUGGAGUGAAGCCACAAUCUGCAACAAGACUCAGACCGUCGCAAAGUUAAAUGACAUGGUUGAAAUUUUAUUGCAACUAUGACACUUAACUUUGCGAAAUGCAUGCUGCCAGCAAAAUGUAAAUACGUAGAUAGCGAAGUGUAUACAGUACCAUAACACAAUACACGAAUUAUUAUAUCUUGCUUCUCGUUUGUGAGAUGUAUGCAAAUAAUUAUUUACUGAUCAUCAACACUCUUAGAUCGGUCACUUUGACAUGAUCACGACAGCCACCACCAAGUGGAAACCAAACAUUAACUAUCGAAAAUAAUUCCUGUAUUUUCUUAUACUUCUUAAUCAAUGUUAUCUACAUCACUUUUUUCUAUUAUUUUCAGCUGAAGUUGUGAAAGAAGAGCCAUACACCAUACGUUUAAACUUUGAACCUUCAGGUCGACCGUUUGACCCAGAACACAACUACUACCUCACUUUCAAAGAAAAUAUGUGCGUUGUUUGUGGCAGAGAUGACAGCUACAUGAGGAAAAAUAUCAUUCCUCAUGAUUACAGAAAACAUUUUCCUGUCUUUAUGAAAGAUCAUCACUCGCAUGACGUAUUGUUGCUAUGCCCACCAUGUCACAUGAUCUCAACCUACCAUGAUGAUUUGUUAAGAAGAAAUGUAGCGGAAAAAUAUCAGGCACCUUUAGGUAACCAAAGUAUAUUGUAUACUUCAUGUAGUGAUUAGCCUGGCCAGAUUACACCCAAUGCAAAAAUAUUUCAAAACAAUUAGUGACAACGGAAAUAUUCCUCCCACAGGAUAUUCACUGGGUCCUGCUAUUGUUAUGUUAAAAAUGAUACUUUGUACACUCUAAAAGCACUCUGGUUAACUUGGCCUGGUUAACCUACAAAAAAACUAUUUGGAUUAACUUAUUGUUCCUGCUUAAAGUUCUUGGUUAAAAAUUUCCAGGAAUCUGGUUAUACUUGACCAGGCUGCCCUUGUUAAAUUAACCAGAUGAUGUUGAAGCUUUGUUUUUCAUUGCUUGUUAGCAAACCUUUUCAUGCCAUGCUCUCCUUGUUAAAUUCACGUAUGAUUUUCAGUUGAAGUGAUUCAAGUGCAGUGUUGUAACGAGUCGAGUCAUUGACUCGGACUUGAGUCGACUCGAGUUGCUAUUUUCAGCGACUCGACUCGAGUCCAAAACGAAAAAUGACUCGACUCGAGUCAACAGCCCCAAAUGACUUGACUCGGACUCGACUUGCUGAUUUUGCCGUAAAUGACUCGAGUCAACUCAGCUACAACUUGUAGAGAAUAAAUUCAUCAAAAAUAUUGUGAUUGUAUUGCUUGGGAAGAACAAUGAGCCCUGUGAACAAUGAGAACUUCGAAACUUUAUCAGCAAAUAUAUCGGAUUUGCAUAGAAUACAGUAUAUUCCUGACGGGCAUGCCUAUAUUACAUUUCUGUUUUUAGAAACAACGCUAGUGCCACAGUUUUUAAAAUGGAGUCUUUGUACUUAUGCUAAUUCUGACCGGCUAUCUUCAUUUUUGGUAUUUAUGAAAUGCUAUAUAAUUUCAAAUUAACUUACAAAGCAUGGUUAAUUAAACUCUGUUCUUUGUUAAUUCUGACUCCAGUUGCAAGUUAUGCUAGUUGUAUAUACGUACACUCGAUCAGCAGGCAUGAUGAGACAUCUCAUGUGGUUGUACUUAAUAUUGACUAGAACUGUGAUAUUGGUACAGCCUAUGGCUGCCCAGAUACUGUUAUUACAUGACUAGAGUGAUUAGCUUAAAACGUAAAUUUGAUUACUAAUUUCAAACUGCAAGCUAAGGUAGCGAACCAUUACAAAAAGGGUGAGGUGGACCAUUCUCGUCCCCAGAGCCAUUUUCACUCGGUCACUCGUUGAAAAGUAGGCUGUGGGUUAGGCGUCUAAAGCGAGAGAUCUGAUUGGCUUCUCAGAGAAAUCCUAUUUCGCAGAAGUUGAGCAGUUUUAGCUAGGAAAAAUUAUUCUAUCAACAUAUAUGAACGCAAAUACUUCGUUUCUUCGUAAUGCUUCACUUUGAAAAUUGUUACGGGUGCUAAAGUGUCCCAAUUCAAGACCAUGCGCUUUAGAAACUACUGCAAGUUUACUUGCACUUCCGGUUCCGUUUGUUCCAGGGCCUAGAGAGGACGCGCGCGGCCGAGAGAGAGGCCCUGGGGACAAGGAUGUGGGUGGACUUAUCAAAUUCCCUGACUCAAGUUAAGUCUAGCUAUUGACUCGACUCGACUUAAACCAAUGACUCGACUUGACUCGAGUGAAACUGCUGACUCGACUCGACUCGACUCGAGUGAAGCCACUGCCUCGACUCGAUCAGAAACUGAAAUGACUCGACUCGUGACUCGACCUUUGAGUGACUCGACUCGACUCGUGACUCGACCUAUAGGUGACUCGUAACACUGUUCAAGUGAACAAAAAUUAUCCAAAUAUAUGCCGCCAUGUUUGUUUUUCCUUCCUCGUUUUCAGGCACUGCUCUUGUUUUGUUAAUUUGCGCUUAGAAAUUGCAUUUCAGAAAAAAUUGCAGUGCAUCUUAGCCGACCAGAAUCGAGUAAUUUUUUCAUGUAUAUUUUAUUAGCAGACCUAUAUUAUAAACUAUUUCAUGUUUUAAACUUCUAGGUUCAGCCCAACUUGCAAGGCUGGUACAAGACCCAGAACUAAAGAAAGUGAAAUGUGCAGCCAAAGCGCUUGUUUACGCAGGCGAGAAGAUUCCUGAAGACAGACGAAAUGAACUGCUGUCUACAGUGAAAGACUAUCUCAAGACUGACAACCCCACACAAGAAAUGUUGCUGCAAGCCUCUGAGCUCGAAACAAGACGGGAGAAUUGUGAUUUUAUUUCUCAUGGUCGCGAAGUCGUUCGAAAGGUAAGCGCGGGAGGGGAAUUGUUGGCAUUUGAGAGAAUGUGGCGGGAACACUUUUUGGAAACGAUGAAACCGAAAUAUUUGCCACCGUUGUGGACAGUUGACCACGAACAGGAAAAGGUAAGAAGACUUCUUGAGAAAGAAUUGAAUCUGGUUGAGUGAAGUUGAAUUGUCUGAAAGUGAAAUUUUUCCUAAAUGUAAUUCCAAAAUCUGGAUGUAUUGUGGGUUUUUUAUAUGGAACCAUUAUUUGAGUCAAAAUGCUGAUGGUAACUCUGACCCUAAUAACAACGUUUUAUUGGAAAAUACUGCAUACAUACACUGAACUCAUGGUUUUGUGUAUAUCUCUCAUGUACAUAUGGAAGCUACAAUGACAAAGAUCGAAUUGAUUCUCGUUGAGUGAAUUUGAGUUGUGUGAGGUCUGAUUGCCCAAAAUAAUAUAAGUAUUAUGAUCUAUUGUGCAACAUUACAAAAUCGUUUUACGAGACUGCGUGCAAUUUGGUAACAUAUACAAUUAUGGAUUUUGCAUGUAAAGGAGUGAUUACAAUGUAGAGUCCAGAAAAACGUUUGCAAGAGGCGAGAUUAGUUUUGUUUUGAACUAUGUAAAGAGUUUUCAUAUAAUUUUAAAACUUCUUUCAAAUGAGACAAAGUAAAUUUUUAUUGCCACAACGACACCAUCCUGAUAACAAACUGAAUAUAUUUUUCUGUAUAUAGAAACAAUCUACAAACUAUAUAUGAGCAUGCUCAAAAUUGAUAUCUAGUCUACCAGUUCAUAGGGGUACAUGUACACAUACCAUACCUAAUUUUAGUGUGCAGUGAUAACCAAUUUGUGCAGUGAUAAAACUAAAAUGUGCUGUGAUAAAAUGUAAAAUGUGCAGUGAUAAAAUUUGCUGUGAUAAGUUGUUAACAAUUAACACGAAAAUCCAGGCAAUGAGCAGAAAAACUGAGCUAAAAAUUCGUCUUGACACUCCUUGACAGUAUUAAUCAAAACAUUUUGAAUGAGAACAAUUUGAAUGAAAUUGAAAUGAUAGCUGCCAAAUCAUCGAACGUGCACUAAUAUUAUACUUCAGGUUUAUCAGAUGAACAAAGUCUCGCACCAAAGGUUCCUUUAUGAGUCUGGAUGAUAAAGUGAAUGAUACUUAUCUUUUUGUAAUUAGUGUGUAAUCUUCAGAAUUCUAUAGAAUGUCUUUGCACAUUGCAUAAAAUCCCCUUUUAGAGAGCCUAGAUUACAAAAUUUUCUGUGGGUGCAUGCCCUUGGAACUCCUCUAGAGGUUUGUCAGUCCUAAGCUGUCUAAGCUGCCUCUCAUUUGCCAAUACGAAAAUAUUUCUUUCUUGCAAGUAUGUGAUUAUGAAACUAUGCCGUCACAGAUAGUUGAAACUAUAGGUGCUGUCAAAGGGGGCAAUUUUUCCUGGAGCCUUAGUUAAAGGAGGGCCGAAAUAAAGAAUUAUGUAAAAUAUACAUAGAUAUAACUGUCAAAAGACUUCCAGAAUGCAGGAUUUGACCAUUUCUGGGACCUCAGAUUUUAAAAUUUUCCUGGGGAGAAUGCCCCGGCCCCCCUAGUGAUAGUGUUAGAAGAUGGAAUCAUGUGGGGCACCAAGUCAAAUUUGGCCCUGGGCAACCCUGCGUGUUGUGCAGUGUAUGUUGGUUUUUGGCAUUUUUUAAUAUCAAUUGUAGCCUGUUUUGUGC